AGCCAUCUUUGGACUUCACAGACGACAAAGCGAAAUCCAACAAACACUCGUCAACAAAAUUCAAUCGUAAAACGAACUUAGAGGCCGAUAAAAUAACCAAUUAUGGACAGAUUACUUCGGUUAGGAGGAGGUUUGCCAGGAAUGGGUCAGGGCCCUCCUCCAAGUGAUGCCCCAGCUGUGGAUACUGCAGAACAAGUUUACAUCUCAUCACUUGCUCUGCUCAAGAUGUUAAAGCACGGCAGAGCAGGAGUUCCUAUGGAGGUAAUGGGACUGAUGCUGGGAGAGUUUGUAGACGACUACACUGUCAGGGUCAUUGACGUGUUUGCAAUGCCACAGUCAGGAACAGGUGUCAGUGUAGAAGCUGUAGACCCUGUAUUUCAAGCUAAGAUGUUGGAUAUGUUGAAACAGACAGGAAGGCCAGAGAUGGUGGUUGGCUGGUAUCAUUCACAUCCAGGCUUUGGCUGCUGGCUCUCUGGUGUAGAUAUCAACACUCAGCAGAGUUUUGAGGCUCUGUCUGAGAGAGCAGUGGCUGUGGUGGUGGACCCCAUACAGAGUGUGAAGGGAAAGGUUGUUAUAGAUGCUUUCCGUCUUAUCAACCCCAAUAUGAUGGUCCUAGGACAGGAACCAAGACAAACCACUUCCAACCUUGGCCAUCUUAACAAACCAUCUAUACAGGCUUUAAUCCAUGGUUUAAACAGACAUUAUUACUCCAUAGCUAUAAACUACAGGAAGAAUGAACUGGAACAAAAAAUGUUAUUAAAUCUACACAAGAAAAGUUGGAUAGACGGCCUUUCCCUGGAUGACUACAACACUCACUGUGGAGUCAAUGAGAAGAUUGUGAAAGAUAUGCUGGAACUGGCCAAAAAUUAUAACAAGGCUCUGGAGGAGGAAGAAUCUAUGACACAGGAACAGUUGGCCAUUAAGAAUGUUGGAAAACAGGAUCCUAAGCGCCAUCUAGAAGAACAUGUCAGUGUUCUGAUGUCUAGUAAUAUCGUCCAGUGCCUGGGAUCCAUGCUACAUACUGUGGUGUUCAAGUAAAUGGAGAGAGGACAAAAUGUGUCUUGUGAACAUCCUCACUGUAACUAUGGCUAGUGACAGAGAUCAUAUGGAGCUGUUUGAAGUGUGUUGUCAGACAGCUGGGUAGAAAUGCUGGAGAUCAUUGAAGUAUGUUACAGAACAGAAAACAGGUUCUGCUUAUUGUAACCAUUAAAGUAGAGAAACUUGAUGAACAGAACUGCCAGAAUGACUUCUAUGUUAUUUUCUCUUUAAAAAAAUGACAAGUUGAUCUGUUCUGUUGAAAGACUUUAUUAGAAUAUGUGAAGAAUAAAUGUACAUCAAUAUAUAUACCAA